UGUCAAAUUAUUUCAGUCUUCGACUUGAUAAUCCGGUUGUUUUUGUAAAUAUUGUAACAAAAUGUUUAUUUAUUGAUAAUAAUUUAAAUGCAGACACGACAUUUAGCAAUAAAACUACAAAAUUUAUUGAUAUAAAUAAUUCAAAAUCACAUGAUUCGCAGUAAUCAAAUUUCUUCAGAAAAACAUUUUUUUCGUUCAAAGUUCACUGUUUCUAGGUGGCUUGUUAGAUCAAUAUCAAAAACUGGAAUCUAUUGAGGAAAUUAAUUCAAAAAUUAACGAAAGAUGGCUAGCCCGAGCCCAGAAGGCGAUGCCACGUCAAUGUUUAUGGCCCGGAGAGAAAAGCAGGGUAGUCCUUUACCAGAAGAAAAUGCAAGGCGAAAAAGUAAAGAGCAACCCCCAGUAGAGAUUAUAACAGUGAAGGACUUCUUUGACUUUAUGAAGACAGCGUAUCAAGUUUACGAGCAUUUAGAAGGUGAUGACGAUGAAGGAACGAAGAUUGACUGGGAGGAAUUAACGAAAUUAACGGUUAUUAACCACGUUAUCGAACAGCAGGAACGCGACUUGCUGUUCCAAACUGCUUAUGCGGACCCCAAGCCCGUCACUAGCAAGAGCGACACAACUUUGGAAAAUAAGAAAUCGGAAAAUAAAAGUAUUGAGAAGCGAAUGAGUUGCAGUGAAAUUGAGCAAGGUGGAUCGAGAAGAAAGUCAUUUAUUUCUGAAGCUAAGGUAGAGAUGCUUGGAGUCUGGACUGAGGCAAAUCUCAAUUGUAAAUUAAACGAUGUUAUAAAUGAAGGCAUUUUGGAUUCAAUUUUGCCUUACUUAGUCGGCUAUAAGAAACCUACGAAAACUACUAGUGUGUAUACACCGAUUAUAAAGAAGCCCUUAUCAAGUACUAGCACUGAAGUUAAAAAGCCGGCAAGUUUUGGAAAUUUUGUAUGCGAAAAGGAAUCAAGGGAUCGUUUAGGAAGACGUAAAUCAUCAAUAAUAGCAUUACAAGAAAAGUUAAACCAGAAACAAGAAGGGGACGUGGAAAUCCAUGUUUGCGACGAAGUAAAAGGCCUGAAGAAAGACUUUAGGUGCUCGCAGAAGUUGUUGGUGUCUAAAAUGGGGUACUUUGCUGACGUCACGGCGGGGCAGCGAUUGGAGGAUAUGGACAUAUCGGUUCACUGCGAUAUACAGAUUUUCGAUUGGUUAAUGCGCUGGGUGAAACGGGAUUCGAUACUAGUAGCAGACUGGCCUCUCUUGGACCCCCACAAUGUCGUGCCAAUUCUAGUUUCUGCAUCUUUUCUACAGAUGGAGCCACUGCUACACGACUGUCUGAUCUACUGCCACGCACACAUGAGCGAGAUCGUCAAAACCUCCACCAACCUAGCCUGCCUCAGCGACGCUUUGCUCACCAGGUUGGCAGCAAUGUACACGAACGCAGAACUGGAAGCAAUCCGGGACCGGAAGGACAAGAUCCAGUCCCGGCUUUACUGCAAGAUGAUCCUGUCUCUAGCGGAGCCUGUGCCUGAGACGCUGCGGGGACAUUACGCCACUCUGGCCACGCUGUUUAAGUGUAGCAAAUGUAGUAAGCUGCUGGGACGCCACAUCGCCGAGCAAGUGCCGUGUCAGCCAUCAAACAUGCGCAUAGACCGACGGGGCAACGUCAUCUCUUCACACAUCAAAGAACCGUCAUGGAGCCUCAACGAGUACAUCACCUGGCUAUACGGGGAGCUGCGGUCUUGGCGCCGUGUCUAUUGGAGGCUAUGGGCAGACUGCCACUUCCUUCGCUGCCAACUAUGUGACAGCUACUUCCCUAAUUAUCAGAUGGAAUGGUGCUCUCACCACGAGCAAGGGCCUCAUAUGUUCUCGGUGGAGAACCGUCCGGCGCUGCCCGCCGGCCGGUAUCCAUGUUGUGGAGAACGCGCUUACCGGUUUGAGACUCUCACACGCAACACGGGUUGCCAAUUCCGCGAGCACGUCCCGGACGACCGUCUGCCCACGGACGCUUCCGUGAUAGAAAUCUACAACCAGUUCCGAGAGAUAAUCGCCAUGAAACCGCCUCAACUUAUGUUCCCCGAACGGUUGACCAGGCUGGUACCCAGAGAGUCCACGGAAGACAGCGCCGGCCGUCUCCAGUGCAAGGAGGUGUUCUGGUGGGAGGGCAUCCAGCUGGCCCCCCCGCGGCCUCCGCUGGGCCUCCUCGGGAAACUCUACACCAGCGACACCAAGUUUAAUCCGUCAGCCCAGCCGGGCUCGCCGGUGCUGGCGUCGCGCGCGUCCACCACGUCGGUGGCUGCCCCCGCUGCGGUCACGGACAAGAAGAGGCCGAAGGAGGAUUUGAGGAAGAAAGGCACCCCCGGCAGCGGCGACUCCCCCGGCUGCGAGGACAGCUCCUCCGACGAGAGUGAACAGAGCUCCGGCCAGAGCGACGAAGACGCUCCCAGGAGUCAGCGACAGCACCCGCCCCCGCCCAGAGCCAGGUCUAUUAUUCUGGCGAUUGCUACGUCACUGUCCGCGCGAAGCAACCAAGACGGGCAGAGGCGAUUCGAAGAGCGGGCUGGAAGACAAAUGCGUACUGCCCUCGCUCGGAGAGGGAAUACUACGCCAGGGAAGCCGAAGGCACAACCAGGCGGCGUGUACGCUCGCCUAGAAGCGGAGUGGCGCGAGCGACACGGCGCCCGCGCGCGGGCCGCCACGUCGGCGCGCGCGCGACUCCCGCCGCGAUACAAAUGAACAACACACAAACGACCUCCCCAUGCGUUUCAUUUACUCACGUCACAAAAUACACAAGUCAUCAUAUUUACUAGAGACGCAGCGACCGUAUGCCUAAAUAUACAGGUUCUCGACGCGGUUCCAGUGAACAAUGCUCACAUUUCAAUACGCGUUCCAUUUCUACUAGACGUGGAUUGGACAAGUUACAAAAUAUACAAGUUAAUGUUUUGAUAGAGGCGCGUUAACAAAGCGAUUUUAAAGUGAAAUACAGAUGAGACUUCACUAUAAAUAGUCGUUUUAUUUAACCUAAAGCGAAUUCCAGUCAUUGUGUGGAAUGGAAACCGAGGAGCGCAGUCCGAAGGCGGACUUGAGGUAGCCACUGGUCAGUGGUCACCCACCCGCGCAGCGCCUUGAGGUUUGAGCGCGCUGAUAUUUUUAAACACACCAUC